AUGGCCUGGGCUUGUCCUUUCAACAUCACCGUGGACCCACCGAGCUGGGUGGGUGUGGCCAGGAAGAGCCGCCCAGAGAAGGUCCACACGGGACAGAGCACAUCCAUGCGGCGGUCUCGUGAACUCUGUCUCGGCUCGCCCGCCUUUCCUGCGUGCUUCCCGCUUCCGCCGUCACCGGCCCCACGGUCCGCAGCCCUGGCGCUCCCCGCCGGCCCUGCCGAGGCCGCCUGCGCCCUUUGCCAGCGCGCGCCCCGGGAGCCCGUGCGCGCUGACUGCGGCCACCGUUUCUGUCGGUCGUGCGUGGUGCGCUUCUGGGCGGAGGAGGACGGGCCUUUCCCAUGUCCUGAGUGCGCUGACGACUGCUGGCAGCGCGCGGUGGAGCCGGGCCGCCCUCCGCUCAGCCGGCGCCUAUUAGCUCUGGAGGAGGCGGCCGCGGCCCCAGCGCGCGAUGGCCCGGCCAGCGAGGCCGCGCUGCAGCUGCUGUGCCGCGCUGACGGGGACCCGCUGUGCGCCGCCUGUCGCAUGGCCUCAGGCCCGGAGCCUCCAGAGUGGGAGCCGCGCUGGAGGAAGGCGCUGCGCGGCAAGGAGAACAAAGGGUCGGUGGAAAUCAUGAGGAAGGACUUGAAUGAUGCCCGGGACCUGCAUGGCCAGGCGGAGUCAGCAGCUGCUGUGUGGAAGGGACAUGUGAUGGACCGCAGAAAGAAGGCCCUGACUGAUUACAAGAAACUGCGGGCUUUCUUUGCUGAGGAGGAAGAGCACUUUCUGCAAGAGGCUGAGAAGGAUGAGGGCAUCCCGGAUGAUGAGCAUGCUGACCCUGUUGAUCGAUUCCGGUCCCUGCUUCAGGCUGUGUCAGAGCUGGAGAAGAAACACCGAAACCUGGGUCUCAGCAUGCUGCUGCAGUGAUGAUGCUGACCCAGUAGGUGGGUCCCAUUGGAGCACAGUCAGAAAGGACCGCCUUCUACAGCUGGCCUGCAGCAGCCCCACCCACACCCCUUGGGCCCUCUCUGCCCAGCGUCACCCUCCACACUGGACAGAUCCUCAUCUCCGCCAGCACCGACAGCGCAUAGGCCGGGAUGAAGCAUCACAGGUGCCCCUGCCUAUGGUCAUCCAUAUAGCUCUCUGUCUCAGCAAAGUGUUGAUUUCCAUUUUCCCUGAGGCGUGAUGUGUUCCCAGCUAUACCAUUUUUCCUGAUAGAGGCUAGUCCUGGGACUCUCUCCCCAGUGUGUCCCAUCUUCCUUUAACCCUUGCAUUGUCAUCAUUGAGGGCCUAGUAGUCACUCUGGUGUCAAAAGAACUAAACUACACAUCAUCUCCACAGUGCCUAGGCCAAGGCUUGUUUUUGGGACCUUCUCCUUGGUGGGGAAACCUGGGGCACACCAGUUAAAGUCACAUUUGGCACCACAGAAAGUGAAGUACAUGGAGCCCUGUGAUGCAGUUUUAACCUCACCUUUUUGGGAAGAGAAAAUGAAGCAUUCUCAACCCCUCCUGAGAGGGGCCUUUUGUCCCUUGGAGUUUUGCUAUGCCAUAUAUUCAUAGCUCUGUCUACUUCAAUUCCCUGUCCCCUUUCUUCCUGGCUUGUGCCCCUGGGGUGUCACCAGUGUCCAUGGAAUAUUCUCUGCUCUUUCUCACCUGGUGGGGAAGAGAUCCUCUUUCCCAGCAUAAGAGGGAUGGUGGAGAUGGCUCCCCUCCUCCAUCUGUUUCCAGGCUACUCUGGUGCUUCACCUUGCUGUAUCUUUGGCUUCUCGCUUCAGAUUUUUUCCAGUAAGUGAAUUUCACCAAAUUUGUGGUGUAUCAGUAGUGUGAUUGCCUGCAGCAUUGUUGUGUGUAGAUUAUCUAGUCCAAGGGACAAAAGUCCAGCACAGGUGGUCAGAAACAGGAGUUCAGGGAUCAUAGAUGUAGGCAUGUUUAGAUUCACCCACAAGUGUUCUUUUUCAGGGAUAACAGCCUCAGUGGGUGAAUAUUUUCUGCCAGGAAGUCCCUGGCCUUGAGUGUGAUGACUGAGUCUGAUCUGCCCCCACCCCUGUGGUUUGGGGUCUUAGUGCUGAAUAAAGUGGGUUUGCUCCA